AUGCUCACCUUCCUCUCACUCUACGAAGAUGUCCUCCUCGAAAUCUGCUCCUACCUCACCUCAAGGGAUGCCCUUCAGCUCUCUCUCGCUCAUUCAUCACUCUAUCCCUUGGCCAUGCCCCGCGCACUCGCCCACCGCGCCAUGCGCAAGGAGAAGACCAAGCCCCGCCUGUCGCGCUUCCGACGCUCCAUGAUUCGCACCGACGAGCGACUGCCGUUGCUCCUUCCAAUCUACUAUGUUCGCUCGUUGGAUCUCCGGGGUAUCGUAGAGGUGGAGGCGUGGCGCUGUAGCAACAUCCUCAGCAUAGCUUCGCGUCUGCUCGAGCUCUCUCUGUCCCACGUGUAUCUCAAUCUCUUCUCAUUCGCAGACGUCCUCCCCACCCUGCCACAGCUCACGACACUCAUCCUCGAAGGUUGCGUUCAGAAUACCAUCCUGAGCAUCGCAGAAAUUUCCAUUGAAACUCUGGAGAGCCUGUCGUUGCAGUUCACGGACCAGUACGCCCAUCGGUCUCUGCUCAUGCCGUUCAAACCCCAGUCGUUCAUCGGAGCAUUCGCCCAUUUCCCCCGCCUCCGCGACCUCACCCUCCUUAACGCCAACGCUGGGACGCUCGGCGCGGAGCCCGACUUCUUCUGGGAGGACUUAGGCUCCCCCGGCUCCCCCGUCCUCCCCUCCAUCCGCCGUCUCAGCCUACACAUCGAAGGCUUCAUCCUCGAAACCCUCCUCUCCGCCUGCCGCAACCUAACCGACCUCGUCUUUCGCCGCACGCACGCAGGCUGGAACCGUGACUUCAGCACCGUUGGUCCCCCCUGGCCGAGCCCCCUCCGCACGCUCACCUGGGACCCGAACUGCGGGCUCUACCUCUCCCCCGAGUCCGAACCGCGCAUCCCGCGCGCGCACCACCUCGUGCUGCACAACAAGCUGCACGUGCGCGGGGAGACCGCCGACAUCUACGGUGGCGAAUACGGCGCCGGGCAGGCCCUCGUCGUCCUCGGACGCGUCAAUCCGGUCGUGGUCUCCAUGACCGUCUACCCCACCAAGGACAAACCGCCGGUGGUGGACGACGACCGCCUGGCGCUCUGGCCCGCGUUCGCACACGCGACGCCGCGCCUGCGCGCGCUAGAGCUCACAAUGAACAUCCGAGGGGACGACGGCAUGAUGCUUCUCCCCUGCCUCCGCGCGGCGUUCCGGGCGCUGCCCAAGCUCGCAUACCUCGGGCUAGACGUGCCGCCCGCCACGGGACGGUACCCCAAGGGCCACGCCCGCGACCUCGACCCGACCGCACAGGGCGAGUUCUUCACCGAGCUCACGCUCGCGCGCAGGUACGAAGCGUAUCGCCUGGACGUGCUCAAGCGCACCGUGGAGCGCGGCGCGGGUGCGCUCCCAGGCCUGGUCGUCUUGCGGAUCGCACACCUCCAGCCACCGUUCCGGAGCGAGGCGGAGAAGGCGGGUGCACCGGGCGCGGGUGACGAGGGGAUCAACCAAGCUGCGGACGAGGCGCUUGAGAAGCUGAGGGACGUUGCGAAGGAUGCAAACAAAGGCGAGCGAUGGUGGCGGCCUGAAGGGGAAGGCGUUGAGAGGCGGUUCGUGGAGAUCUCCAGGGAGGAGGGCGAGAGGCUACGCGAGCUCGUGCAGAACACAGAUGAGCGCAGUACCAAGUCGUAG